AUGGCAGACCAGACCCAAUUCAUCUCAAUUCAACAAAAUGCAAAUCGUUUACGACAAAAUGCAACAGAUGAUUAUGAUUCAAUAAUAGUGGCAAUUGGAAAUACUCAUAUUGUGAUAAUCGGCGAAGUUUCACAUGGUUCACAUGAAUUUUAUGCACAUCAAGCAGAAAUAACAAAACGGUUAAUUCAAGAAAAAGGUUGUACUAUUAUUGCUUGUGAAGCUGAUUGGCCAUCAGCAUAUCGAGUUAAUCGUUGGGUAAAAGGAGAUUCGACUACAUUAAAUAUCACAGAUGCAAAUGAUGCAUUAAAACAAUUUACACGAUUCCCAUUAUGA